AUGCCUCCCCCAGGGGGGCAAGUGCUUCAUGAAAGGGGUUCCUCUCCCGAGGUGUCACCCACUGAACCCGAGCCUCCUGCUCCCAUUGCUACUGCACCUCUACCUGCUGAUCCUGCUUUGCAAAAGACUGCUGCUGAGGGAAACGCAUCAGAGCCUGAAAAGCAAGAGGAAGAGAAAAAAGUUGAUCCUUGUGCAGGAACUUCUGAGGUUGAUUACCGCGAAGGGCGCCUGGUGUCCGGCACAGUGCAAGUGCUGGUACAGCUGCUGGUCGAGGACUCCCUGGACGACUCCUUCUUCUUCGCGUUCAUCCUGUGCGCGCGUCUCUUCGUCAAGCCACACGACCUGCUCGGUGACGUCAUCAGUCUCGGCGAAAGCUUGGCUGACAACACUCUGCCUUCCAACAAGGAGCGCCUGGCCAGCUGGCUGCCACGGAUCAUCGAGCUGCUUCGCCGCUGGACGCAGCAGUUCCCCUACGACUUCCGGGACGACCGGGUCAUGGCGUAUGUGCGAGGCGUCACCCACCGCUGUGUGCUGCUCGAGGCAGAUGUGUCUGACAUCCUGCAACGACUUCUCGAUCGACUACAGCGGCUCGAGAAGCACGAGGAGCGGCUACGCAGACUGGCGCUCGAAAAUGUUACUGUCGACGUGCUGGAGGUGUGCGGCGAGUCGCAAGUGCUGGCUGAACAGCUGACCGUUCUGGAGAUGGAGCGCUUGUCGUUCAUUGGCUCGGAGGAGUUUGUUCAGGCCUUCCUACAGGACCACCAGCGGCUGGACACCAAGUGCACCAACAACCUCGAGAACUAUGUGGCAUGGUUCGACCGGCUCAGCUACUUUGUCGCCACCCAUAUUAGCCAGCAAACGAAGUCCAAGGGAAGAGCCAAGGCCCUGCACCUGUGGAUAGAAGUUGCUCGUCACUGCCUUCAAAUAAAUAAUUUCAACUCUCUCAUGGCAAUAUUAGCUGGAGUCAAUUUGCCUCCAAUCGCAAGACUGAAAAAGACGUGGAGUCGUGUGGACCGUCAAGAAUUAGUGAUAUUAGAAGCGGCGAUGGGACCAUCCAGUCAAUUCUCCGGCUACAGAAGUCUGCUGCAGGACGCUGUCCAGUCCCCACCUCAACUACUUGUUCCUUUUUUCUCUUUAUUCGUCAAAGAUGCCUAUUUUCUUAUUGAAGAAUGCUCACAACAGUUACCGAACGGCCAUAUCAGAUUCGAAAGCUUUGAGAAAUUGUCGAACCAGCUGCUGCAGUUCACAAGAUGGAAAACGACUGAGUGUCCAUACCACAGGAUCGAUAGCUUAGCUUUCCUGAUGGAGGCUGGUUGUGUAUUCUCGGAGACUGAAUUAUACCUAGCGUCGUUUGAAAUUGAACCCCCAGAAAUCGAACACGAAAUAGAGAGUUACAAAAUUUACAAAUCGAGAAUGUCAUGACGAAAUGAGGAUAUCCAGCACACUAAUGCUGUUGUCAAAGAGUCGUAGCAGAGGCUACAUGGAUGUGUAUCACCUGCAUUAGUACAACACUCUUGAAGUUUCAAGGGAUUGGCUGGAUAUUGCUUGGAUAAGCCGAAUAAUUGAUAAACUUUUAAUCAUGAUCCUGUCACUUGGAGAUCAGGAAAUGGGAAAGAGUUCGAACAUUUAAAAAAGAUAAAAAUUGUACGAGAUUUGAACUCUACAAUGGAGUUGAGAUUUGAAUGAACCAUCACAGUUCUCAAGUUGAAAAUUAUAUUGAAGGAUGAUCAAGCUACUGACGACAAUUCGCUCAAACCAGUGAGUCGCGGGUUCUCGUAACUCUGAGCUGCCAAUAAGUGUACUUAUUUUAUAGAUACUAUUAUCAAAUAUGAAAGGAGAUGAAUGGGGAUUGAAUUGUUACUAUUUUACUGUUUAAAAUAGUUAUUUAUUACUCAUCAUCAAUUAGCAACAUUCAAUUGUGAAAUAAUAUAUAUGAGCAUGUUCAAAUCAUAGGCUCAUCUGUUGUAAUAUUUUUCAAAAACAAUGACUUUUAUAAAGAAGGAAUUAGUUAUGAAAAA